UUCUCUCUCUCUUUGAGGUUGCUUUACAAGGAGAUCCCAAUGUGGCACCCCACCAACCGCCAUUUCUUCAGCUGAAAGCUUGGUAUCCAUCAAACACUCAUGUCCCAUUACAGUACAGUUUGUUAGGGAGAUAGAGAAGGAAGAGAAAAACUAAAGGGUAUAAUAUAAUUGAGAUGAAUAUGAGUAGAAGAGUUGGGGCUAGAUGCAGUGUGGUUGCAGGGUCAGUGUGGGAGAGCAGAAUGAAGAGGGAUGAAGUUGGUGGUGGAGUUAAGGUCUUCAGGGCAGAACAAGGUUCUGAAGAAGGAGGCAAUGUUGGUACAAGAUUGAAGAGCAGCCAAACGGGGGGUGUAGUUGCUACUGGAAAGAGAAAAUCUUUGAAAUUGGAAACUAAAAAGAUUCAAAUAGGCAGAGGAAAAGUACAACAGUGUAAGAACCUUAAUGUAUCUUCUGAUUCAAUAAAAAAGAGUCCAAAGCAAGUUAGGAAGGAGAAGAAUGAAGGAAUUGGUGCUUCUGUUUGUACUGAUAAAUUAGAACGAGGUCCAAUUCUCACCAGAAAGAAAAUAUCUGAAGUGGGUGAAUCUGGUAAAAGGAAUAUUGGGCAGCUCAGAAAGAACAAUGACAAGAAUGACAGUGAUGAAAAUUGCAAGGAUUUUGGUGUGUGUCAAGAGAAGAUAAUUUCUAGCAGUUCAGAUGAUGCCAGCAUGGUCAAUGUUGAUGGUGAUUCUCAUGAUGAUGACGAAGAAGAAGAUGAGGAGGAGGUAGAGAUGAAUGAUGAGGAGUUUGAUAUUGAGAUGGAGAUACAGAGCUUUGAUGUUAAGGAAAUCAAUGCACCAGAAUCCAAGGUUGUGAAUAAGCCAGAAAAGGAGCUUAUGAAUGUACCAGAAAAACAGAAGACUGAAAAGGCUGUGAGAACCGACAGACAUUUUCAUCAGAAACAUGAAAGGUUAAUGUCUGUCCCUCUAACUGUGAAGCCAUCUCCUCCAAUAAAAAAGCUCUCCACAAUUCACCAAAAUUUCUCCAAGGGUGAUUCAAUUCCAAAGGCAGAAGAGUGCUAUAGCUUUCCACAAUCACAGACCAAACUGCAGAGUUUAGUGGAUUUAAUCAUGUGGAAAGAUAUCUCAAGAUCAGCAUUUGUCUUUGGGAUUGGAACAUUCACUAUAGUUUCAUCUUCUUAUGCAAAGGACAUCAAUCUGAGCCUCAUUUCUGCAAUGUCCUAUCUUGGCCUUAUCUAUCUAGCUGUUAUAUUUCUGCACAGAUCACUAAUAUGCAGGGGGGUCAUAGACGUAGAAAGCACAAACUAUGUAUUAGGAGAAGAAGAAGCAAUUACGGUGCUAAAGUUGAUACUUCCUUACUUGAAUGAAUUUCUGUCACAACUCAGAACCAUGUUUUCUGGAGAUCCUGGUACCACCAUAAAGUUGGCAAUAUCGUUCUUUGUUCUUGCUAGAUGUGGCAGCUCCAUAACCAUUUGGAAUAUGGCCAAAUUCUGCUUCUUUGGAUCUUUUACCUUGCCAAGAAUCUGCUCCUCAUAUUCUGCACAGUUAACUACAUUUGCAAACUUUUGGAUUGGUCGAUUCCGUGAUGCUUGGGAUUCUUGUUCUCACAAAAAGGUUGUGGCUCUUGCCAUUUUUUGUCUUGCUUGGAAUCUGUCAUCACUUGUUGCUCGCAUUUGGUCAGUGUUUGUUCUAUUUGUGGGCUUUAAAUAUUAUCAACAACAUUAUUUGGUAAGAGAUGAACGGGUGGAAGAUGAAGGAGGGUUUGGUGAAACAUGGCAUGAACCUGUUGUGGUUAAAGCUAGAAUGCAGAGACAACUACAUGCACCAAAUUUAUUUGAUACAAAAUGUAAACGAAGGAUUUUGAAGAUUGUUUAGACUUGGAAAAAGUCUCUUUUAACAACUCUUUUAUGACAACGCAUACAUGACAAUUUGUGAUUGGUCCAUUUUAAAUAUUUUUUUGGAAUAAAUUCAA